AUGGAACAGAGAGUCACCAAGCAAGGGACCACCUACCAGACCUUCUGUGACAUGACCACAGACGGUGGUGGCUGGACCUUGGUGGCCAGUGUGCACGAGAACUUUCUGGCCGGGAGGUGCACGGUGGGCUACUGCUGGAGCAGCCAGCAGGGCAACCGGGCAGACAACCCCGAGGGUGAUGGCAAUUGGGCCAACUACAACACUUUUGUGUCUGCAGAGGGGACCACCAGUGAUGACUAUAAGAACCCUGGCUACUUCGACAUCCAGGCUGAGAACCUGGGCAUCUGGCAGGUCCCCAAUAAGACCCCACUGAAGAACUGGAGGAGCAAAGCCCUGCUGAGGUACCGCACCAUCUCAGGAUUUUUCCAGACCACAGGAAAAUAUCUGUUUGGCCUUUACCAGAAAUACCCAGUCAAGUUUGGAAUAGGCAAAUGCCUGAAGGAUAACGGCCCAGCCACUCCUGUCAUCUAUGACUUUGGGGAUGCUAAGAAAGCUGCCUCUUAUUACUCACCUGGUGGUCGCAUGGAGUUUGUGACUGGAUUCGUCCAGUUCCGGGUGUUCAAUCAUGAGAAAGCAGUCAACGCCCUGUGUCCUGGGAUGAAAGUCACUGGCUGCAACACAGAGCAUCACUGCAUUGGUGGAGGAGGCUACUUCCCACAGGGAGACCCCAAGCAGUGUGGGUACUUCUCUUCCUUGAAUUGGAGUGGAUACAGAACUCACUAUGGAGCGAGCAAUAGCGUGGCAAUAACUGAGGCAACUGUGCUGCUGUUCUACCGCUGA